CCUGUACUUAAACCCCCCAACAUUAAACUUCUCCAGAUCACCCCAUUUUACUUUUGUUUCUAAUACCUCUAUUAGCAGUUUCAUAAUCAACUGCAUGGCAGGGAGCAUAGACAUGACUACUGUACACUCGGUCGAAUCGAACGGCAUCAAAGACCAAACCCACCAGAAACCGGGAAUCGAUUCAAGAGGACUCCUCAUCUCUUCCAAGGUACCAAAAGUGAUGCCUCUAACAGCUGCUUCAGCUGAUGGAGAGCCCAUCCGAAGGCCUCGUGGAAGGCCCGCUGGGUCCAAGAACAAGCCCAAACCGCCAAUCAUCAUCACGAGGGAAAGCCCGAAUACACUUUGUGCGCACGCCAUGGAGGUAAGCUCGGGUUGUGAUGUCAAUGAAAGCUUGAUCACCUUUGCUAGAAAGAAGCAGAAAGGAGUGUGCAUACUAAGUGGUACAGGGUAUGUAACCAAUGUUACUCUUAGGCACCCUUCUUCACAGGGCCCUAAUGCCAUUGUAACUCUCCAUGGUCGAUUUGAGAUUCUCUCUCUCCUAGGAUCCAUACUUCCACCGCCAGUUGCACCGCCAGGGCUCACGGGUCUUACAGUUUACUUGGCGGGACCACAGGGGCAGGUCGUAGGUGGGGGAGUGGUGGGUGCCCUCGUUGCCUCCGGUCCUGUGGUUAUUAUGGCUGCUACUUUUAUGAACGCGUCUUUUGAUCGUUUACCUAUUUGCGAGGAGGAGAAUGAAGUUGCAGCUCAAAAUCAAUGUUACCAGAAUAAUCGCCGCCAUCACUACCAGCAUAUUGAUGUCUCUGAUGUAUGUGGUGCUCCCCAGAAUUAUAUGAGCAAUGGCAGGGCAUUGCCUCCUGAAGUUUACUCCUGGGCUUCUGGUAGAUCACUGGCAAAGACCUGAAGCAGGGCAUUAAGGACUUUUACUAUUACUUCUAACAAUCUCGCCUUACUAGGAAUAGUCUCUCCCAAGUAGUUAAUCCUUCUGAGAAGUUCACAUAUUUAACAAAUUUAGAAAUGGCAUAAACAAAGCAAGUUAUAGACAGUCACAGA